UGAUAAAAUGCAGCAACGUUGUAAGAAAGCAGACGUGUUUGGUGGGAAACGCUCGAGUCUGCACUUCUGAGCAUGCGCGGAAGACGGUGUAGUUAAGGCGGCAGUUUGCUCAUUUAUAAGCUGUGGAGGAUCCAUGGAUGACUGAAUCAUGACUGACGCUCAGAAAAGCUCGUCGAGCUCAGCAGAUUUGAAAAAUGAGGAUGGAUAUGAAAUCUCCAUUCCAUUUGAAGAUCACAAUAUGGACCAGUGCGGAUUUUACAACCAGAAUGGACAUGUGUUUGACGGGACCACUUCAGACCACAGCACCUCCUGCAAUCCAUACCUGCUAAUGACCAACCUUCGUGCUCAGCUGCAGAUCUCUCUAGAGAAGAACUCCUGGCUGCAGAAACGCAUUGAGGACCUGGAAGAGGAAAGGGAUUUCCUGCGCUGUCAGUUGGACCGGUUCAUCUUCACCACAAAGAGUCAGGAGAGGAGUGAGCUUCAUCCUGAAGCUGGACAGCAACACACUCCACAGAAGACUGCCUCUCGUAGGGCUUUAACCCCACCUCCAACACCCAUGAUGACCCGCUCUGGUCAAAUCCCCUCACGCAACCACAGCCUAAAGAAAAGAAAAAUAAGGAACAGCAGUGCCCAAGAUGAGGAAGAGGAUGAUGUAAUAGAAGAGGAAGAGUAUCUGCAGGAGGAUGGCUAUUUUGAAGAGGAGGAGCUGUCAGAUGAUGAGUCAGACGGUAAAAGCUCUAGAAAAGGCAGGUCAAACGGUGGACACAGAGUAAAGCGAACCCGGGUAUUCCGAAUUGCGCGCAGCAUGGAAAGACAAAGAGUAAAAGAUCCUGCUGGAGUUCUGCUUCGCUACAACAAGAUUCUGGUUACUUAUCAGAAGCUGAAGAGCAUGUCCAGAGCCUUCCAGGUUCACGGAGUCGACCGCAACACUGUAGCUUCCACCACUCCCAUUGCUGAGCUGCUGCUGGUUGCCCCUGAGAAAGUGGCGGAAAUAGGAGAGUUUGAUUCCGCCAAGGAGAAGCUUCUAGACUACGCUCGGCGCUGCUACAAGGCUCUGGAUGAGGCUGCCCAUGCCAAAGUCCAGUCUUUGAAGAAAAGCAGCCUCCUACUGCCAAUUUCCUACAGAUUCAGGAACUAAUUAACCCAUAAUCAGAGCAGGGUUGUUGACCUGCUGGCUUUCUUUUCUACCUCAGCUGUAGUUGACUUCUAUUUGGACUUGGACUAAGCUCCUCAGUUUGUGCCACUGUAUUUGGUUAACAAUCACGUGGGUGUGAUGGUGAAAUGUUUGUAACUCUUUAGGGCUUGAAUGUAAAAGAAAAGCAAUUAAAGGUGGGCUGUCUUUAGUUUUUGUCUAAGCUGAAAUUCAUCAGUCGAAGAUGUCUUGCUAUAUAAGAUGAAAGUAAAACAGAAGGGAUUGGGUGAAGCAUAAAAACAAAAAUAUAUAAAAAUUAUAAGUUUAACCCUUUGUGAAAAAGUUUUCAGUCACAGUAUUUAAGGGCUGUUUUGUAUGUCUUUAAUAUUAUUAUUAUUAUUAUUAUUACUAUUAUUAAUAUAUGAGGGAAAAGAUACUGAAUACUUCCUCCAUUAUAAGACAAAUGGCACAUUCUUUGUUUAGCACUGAAUCCCUUAAAUGUAACUGUGAAAUGUUCUGAUUUCUGUUCAUUAAAAUUGUCUUGAGUUUCAGGACAUGCAGAGUUGAAAUUAAAAUAUUCUUAUUUUCUACUAAGAUUUGAGUGGGUAUUUUACAAAGCAAGAAAACAGUUAGUUAAUCCUAUGUUAAUUGUUCAGUAUGAUUUAUUUAUCAUGUCAUCCUCUGUUUUUGGACAGACUUGACAUUGGUUUCAAGUUAUUGGCGUAAAGAAAUUUGGAAGAAAUUACCCCUGUUACCCACUUAUGAUAAUGGAGUUAGGUACUGAUGUUCAAUCUGGUUGGCCAAACUGUCUAUGGCUUUCUUGUUAUAUUGAGCUAAAUCAUGUAAUACUCUUGACAGCUGGUUAGUAACCUUGUUUAUUUUGUCUGUUAACAGAACUUUUCCACUGUGAAUCUGUUUAUGUUUUCUGUAUUAAGCACCUGUUUUGUAAAGUGCAUUAAAAUGUUAAGAGAAAGUGG